UAAGGAAAUGACGUCGCCUCUGUUCCUAGCAGAGGAGUUCCGAUUUGAGUUUUGAAGGAAUAUUUCUCUUAGUUAUGCAGACACCGCACAACGUUACAUGACAGGAUGGGUGACGUGAUUAAGGAGGAGGGUGCCUUCUACUCUAAGGCAGAAGACUACUGGAAGCAUGUGGCUCCCACCGUGGACGGUAUGCUGGGGGGCUAUGGCACCAUCUCAAACGUAGACAUCAAUGGCUCAAAGAAGUUCCUGGAAAGAUAUGUUGGGGAGGAAGAGGGGAAGACUGGCUGCGGCGUUGCCCUGGACUGUGGCGCCGGCAUCGGCCGCAUCACCAAGCGGCUCCUGCUGCCCAUGUUCCGCACUGUGGACCUGGUGGACGUGACGCAGGAGUUCCUGGACAAGGCUAAGACAUACCUGGCGGAGGACGCCAAGCGCGUGGAGAACUACUUCUGUGUUGGCCUGCAGGACUUCAAGCCACUGCCGGGACGGUACGACGUCAUUUGGAUCCAGUGGGUCAUAGGCCACCUGACGGACGACCACCUGGUGGAGUUCCUGCGUCGGUGCCAGGGCGGCCUGCGUCCCGGCGGCCUGAUCGUCAUCAAGGACAACGUGGCGUUUGAGGGCGUGAUCCCCGAUGAGGUGGACAGCAGCGUGUGCCGCGACCUGGACCUGCUGAAGCGGAUAGUGCAGAGGGCGGGCCUGGGCAUCGUCCGCGAGGAGCUGCAACGAGACUUCCCCGAGGAGAUCUACGAGGUGUGGAUGCUGGCACUCAGAUAAGGGCCGGCCACAUGAUGACGACCAUGAUGAAAGCAAUGAAAUUCUGGUGUGGACACUGGGGGGGUCAGUAUCAAUAUCUAACCUGCUAGCCUCUCCUUUUGCUUGUGGCCUUGUGCUUCACUGACGUCCCACCUCCGUGGAGAAAAUGAUAACGUUUCCCUGCCGUCAGCCUAGGCACGACAACUUUUUGAGUACUUUUACCCAUUCAACAUCCUGAUUGCAAAUGUGAAAAUGACCUUUGAAUUGUGCUUUUGCGAAAUAUUGAAUAAGACCGUGAUCAUCAAUGACGUCUUGCCUGACAAGGUCAGAAGCAAAAGGAAGAGGAUGAGAGGUUAGACAUUGUUCGGGACCCUGGCACUCCGAUACGGCCUAGCCACACCAUCAUGGUGAUGAAAUCAACAACAGGAACUAGAACAUUAUCAACGACAGAGAUUACAACCCGAGAAUGUGUUGUGUGCAUGCCUGCAUGUGUGAGGUGGUGUGUGCGUGUCUGUGUGUGUUCUGAAUAUUUCUGUAUUUCUGGAAGCAGUCUUUUUUUUUCAGUGUAUUUUUGUGAGGAUGUAGGAAGUGUACUUAACUUUUUAAUGGACUCUAGUAACAUAUACAGACAUAUGGUUACUAAGAUAAUGAUACAUUGCUGAUUUGUAUAUUUCAUAAGAAAUGUAUUGCCGUUGUUGAGGGUACAUUUAACUCAGGUAUUGGGUUAUUUUAUGACGAUGAUGAUGGUGAUGAUGAUGAUGAAUUAAAACAGGACUCGCAGAGGCUACAGUGACAUGGGAACAAGCAUGGUAGUAAAUGUCAUCUCUGCAGGGCGCUGAAACUCUGGUUACUUGUAAACAAAAGGCCAAAAUGGAUGCGUUUACAGAAAUAUCCAUAUACGUGUAAACAGGGUCUUGAAAUAUCCACAAACAUGUUACAGGGUCUUAGCCAGAUGUAUCUGUUAACCAUGUUCUUGGAAUAGCCCCCAGCACAAGGGGCAUACUCUUCCAGGCACACUUACUGCUGCUUUGUAAUCACCUAGGCCUCCAUCCUCAAAGUACACAAUUUUUUAAAAGAAAAGCUUUUUAUCCACCUAGACAGAUGACCCCUUGAGGUUCCCAUUACCAGGGUAGCUCUUCCGAUCACAGUUUGUGCUAUUCUUGAGAGAAAGUGCCGAUUAAGUGGAUUUUGGUGUCAUCACUAUACUCUUGUCUUUUGUGCUGGACUUGGAUAUAUUUAAGACAUGAGAUACUGUAACAUAUUUAUAUUUUGUGACGUCCUAUGUGUGUAUGUGCUAUGAAAGUGUAUGAAUGUGUAAAAUAUACAUCUUUAAACAAACACUGGCAUUGCUGUCAUUAAGUAUUACCAGUCAUUACAACCCUGUUUUCAUAUCAGUGCAUUUAUUUGGAUUAAAAUGACAUUUUCAAAGAUCA